CUGAGGGAUAAUGGUUUUAAGUGGAACCUUCGUUUGGAUUUCUCCAAUGGACAUAUUCGACAUGUGAGAAAAAUUUUGCCAGAAGUGUCGUCAAAACUUUGAGAAGUAACACAAGUCUUCUCGCAAAGUACGGAGUAAAGAAGCCAACUUUAGAUGUCCCAACAAGAUGGAAUUCUACGGCAGAUAUGUUGUCGUCUCUUCUCUCGGCGAAGUCCGUAUGCCGAAAAUUUUGCAAAGAAAAACUGAAACUGAAGAUGACCGAGAUGGAGUGGAAAUAUAUCGAGGAUUGCCUUACAGCUUUACUACCCUGCAAAAAAGCAACACUCAAGAUGCAGAAUGAAAAUCUUUUUCCAGGAGACUUCUUCGGAAUCUGGCACGAAUGCAAAAUUCUCACCGAGCAAGUGAAAAACAAACUUGCGGAAAAUCUCACAAAACAAAUUAAGGAAAGAGAGGAAGAACUUCUAAAAAAUGAGGCUCUACUUGCCUCAAUGUUUUUAGACCCGCGAUAUCUGACUUUCCUGGGGGAACCAGAAUGUAAAAAGGCGAAGGAAGUUUUGAUACAAAUUUGGAAUCACAUCGAAUCAAAUGAAAAAAAUAAGACUCCGUCCACUGAAGGCGUGAGAAAAGAAGCUACUGGAGUAGAAGAAGAGCUAUUGGUUGACAACAAUGUAACCAAUAUUGUAGAUCAGGAACGACGAAAAAGGGACGCAGAAAGCCAGAAAAGGUUUUCCAAUGUUUCGAGUAUUAGCAAACUUUUGGAUGAUUUCGAAAAAAUCCCUUCUUUAGAUGGAGACUUGGAUCUCCUGCAAUAUUGGGAAUGUCACAAAAAAAGUUCUCCAGAGUUAUAUAAAUUGGCGAAUGUUGUACACGCGGCUCCUAUGACACAAGUCAGUGUCGAAAGAUUGUUCUCAGGGAUGAGAUUUAUUUUCUCUACCCUGAGAGAAAACCUGACAAGUUAGACGACAUUUUGGUAGUCAGAACGAAUUCGAAUUUCAUUACUAAAAAUAUUAAAAGUAAAAAAACAAAAAAACAAAAAACAUUAAGUGACAAAGAAGCAUCAGAGUGUAGUAUCGAUUUAGAGAGGAAUAAUUCUGCAACUAGUUCAGAUAC